CCCCGUUUCCCCACCCACCAUACUCAAAAUCAUGGCACCCAAAUCCCUUCACAUUCUCCUCGCCGCUCUCUCACUCAUGGUAGUUGCGCUAGUUCCCAUCUCAGCCGCCUCCCGUGGCCGCAUCGUCGGCGGCUGGCAGCCAAUCGCCAAUCCCAAUGCACCGGAGAUUCUCAAAAUUGCGAAAUUCGCGAUUUCGGAACACAACAAGCAGAAGAACGCGGCCUUGGUUUUGGUGUCUGUGGUAAAGGGAGAGUCGCAGGUGGUAGCUGGUAUCAAUUACAGGCUCGUGAUCUCCGCCAAGGACUCCGCCGCCGCGCCCAAGACUUAUUCUGCCGUCGUUUAUUCCAAGCCUGGGCCGAAAUCCCUUAAGCUCACCUCCUUCGAGAAAAUUAAAGCCUAAUCGCCGAUUUUAGAAAUUAGAUUGUGAAACUGGCCAGAUAUUGUGUAUCAGUAUCAGAUAUUGAAGUGAAAUAAAUUUUCGAGAUAUUUGUAUCUGCUUCCAGAUUUGCAAGUUUUUAUUGAGAUUUUUGUUGAGUGAUUUUUGUGGUGAACUUUUGUAAUUUUCAGAGAAAUGAACAAAAGAUUAUGCGUUA